CUCCGCCCUCUCUCCUUUUACUUUAUUAUGCAUUACUUUACAAGAAAAAGACACAAAGCAGAAAGCAAGGAAGGUAUAGUUCAGUUGUUGGGGGGUUUUACAUAGUACUUCUCCAUGCUAGCGAAACUUCACUAGCUAGAUCUACUUCACCCACCAUCCAUUCCAAGCUACCUUAGCUUAAAAAUGGAGGAACCUUUAAGUGACGAGGCGGCUAAAAAGUCUCCGACUUCAGACAAACAGAGGCAGCAGUCGUCUGUUAGCUCAAUGCAAAUCCCUAUGAAGGUUUCGAAAACCACAAAACCUACUAUUUCAGCCAAUUCCCACCUCUUAACACCAAUUGGUUCUAUUCGAAAGAGGACUGAACCAAAAAACAGUUCAGAUUCAAGUUCAAAUGUGACCGCCAAAAACGCAUCCUCCUGCAAUACCAAGUCAGUUCCAAUCGCCAGAAGAAACAGCACUGGAGGGGUUCCUGAGAAGCAACCUGUCUCUUCAACAAAACGGCAGAAUACCAGCGGAAAGACUAAUGCUGUUUCGGACCCAGUGAGGAGGUCCCUUCCAGAGCUUAGAAGGAGUUCCUUGCCUCCUACAAAACCCAUGGUUAGAACUGGUAGUGUUUCCGAGACUAGGAACUCAGUUCCCAUGGACAAGUGUUUGAGAGCAUCAACUGGGUCAGGUGUAAGUAGGCUGGAGAAGCCUUCAGUUAAGCCAGCAUUGCCAGCCUCUUCUUCUUCUUCUUCUUCCAGAAGGGUUAUUUCCACAUCAGUGGACAGUACUGCCAGUAGCAUGAGCAGGAAGAAGCUUUCUUCUCCAUCUGCUACGUCCCCUUCUAUUUCUAGUGGUUUGAGAGCCGGGUCCCUAUCAACUUCUCGGGAUAGGAGUUUCAAUUUGACUGGACGGAGAAGAGCAGGUGCUCCUGAAAGCCACGAUUCUCACUUCAUUGCUCUUCCACUGGUGGAAACUAAAGCUGGCGAUGAUGUGAGAUUGGAUCUUAGAGGACACAAAGUACGUAGUCUCAAUGCUAGUGGGUUGAACUUAGCCCAAAAUUUAGAGUUUGUUUAUCUUCGAGACAAUCUCCUUUCUACAUUGGAAGGAAUUGAGAUACUGAAGCGUGUGAAGGUCCUUGAUUUGAGUUUCAAUGAGUUCAAGGGGCCUGGGUUUGAACCUCUUGAGAAUUGCCAGGCCCUUCAGCAACUCUAUCUUGCUGGGAAUCAAAUCACAUCACUUGUAAACCUUCCUCAGCUUCCUAACCUGGAGUUUCUUUCGGUCGCUCAAAACAAGUUAAAGUCUCUGUCAAUGGCAGGCCAACCUCGACUACAGGUGUUAGCUGCCAGCAAAAACAAAAUAACAACUCUGAAGGGUUUCCCGCACCUACCAUCCCUCGAGCAUUUGCGAGUGGAGGAGAAUCCUAUACUUAAGAUGCCUCAUUUAGAAGCCGCCUCGAUUUUGCUUGUUGGUCUUACCUUGAAAAAGUUUAAUGAUAGAGAUCUUUCCCGGGAAGAGGUUGCAAUUGCAAAGCGUUAUCCAGCAUGCACGGCAUUGUGUAUUAGAGAUGGUUGGGAGCUUUGUCGCCCUGAGAAUGCAGCAGACUCCACUUUUCACUUUCUGUAUGAGCAAUGGAAAGAGCAUUUCCCUCCUGGUUAUCUGCUCAAAGAUGCGUUGGUAGAUCAACCUUUCGAAGGAGAUGCUUGCCACUGCCACUUUGUUUUUGUUCAAGACAACAAUCUAAGUGCCGCUCCACAGUUAGUCUUAAAGUAUCAAUGGUUUGUGGGAGAAAGAGCACUUUCAAGCUUUGCUGCCAUUCCUGAUGCCACUGGAGAGGUAUACUGGCCAAAGCAUGAAGACAUCGGUAAAUUUCUGAAAGUGGAAUGUACUUCCGUAAUGGGAGAAAUAGAGUAUCCUCCUAUUUUUGCCCUAUCAUCAUGUGUUUCACCCGGAAAUGGAAUUCCAAAGGUUGUGAACCUUGAAGUGCAAGGAGAGUUGGUGGAAGGAAAUGUUAUCAAAGGCUAUGCUGGGAUUGCAUGGUGUGGUGGAACUCCAGGGAAAGGUGUUGCUAGUUGGCUGAGGAGAAGAUGGAAUAGUAGCCCAGUGGUUAUUGCAGGGGCAGAAGAUGAGGAGUAUUGUUUAACUUUAGAUGACAUUGAUUCCAGUUUGGUUUUUAUGUACACACCAGUCACAGAAGAAGGCGCCAAAGGGGAACCUCAAUAUAAAUAUACUGAUUUUGUUAAAGCAGCACCUCCAUCGGUCAGCAAUGUUCGAAUUAUUGGAGAUAUUGUAGAAGGAAAUAUCAUUAAAGGAGUUGGGGAUUACUUUGGGGGGAAAGAGGGCCCCAGCAAGUUUGAAUGGUUACGGGAGAAUAAGAAUACUGGAGAUUUUGUAUCCAUAUCAACUGGUACAUCUGAGUAUGCCUUGACCAAUGAAGAUGUUGGACGAUGCUUAGCUUUUGUAUAUUCACCCAUUAAUUUUGAAGGACAGGAAGGGAAAUCUGUUUCAAUAUUUUCUCACCCAGUGAAGCAAGCACCUCCUAAAGUAAAGAAUAUAAAGAUAAUUGGUCAUUUACGGGAAAACAGUAAGGUCACUGUAACUGCUACCGUUACUGGAGGAACUGGAGGAACUGAAGGUUCUAGCAGAGUUCAGUGGUUUAAAACAAGUUCUUCAACAUUGGAUGGUGAGAAUAGUCUUGAUGCAUUGAUCACAGCAAAGAUUGCAAAGGCAUUACGAAUACCUUUAGGAGCAGUUGGUUAUUACAUUGUUGCGAAAUAUACUCCUAUGACUCCAGAUGGUGAAUCUGGUGAACCAGCAUAUGCUAUAUCUGAAAAAGCAGUUGAGACUCUUCCCCCAAGCCUAAAUUUCUUAUCAAUUUCGGGCGACUACACUGAAGGUGGAAUAUUGACAGCAUCAUACGGUUAUGUAGGUGGUCAUGAAGGGAAAAGUGAAUAUAAUUGGUUUCUUCAUGAGUUUGAAAGAGACAAUGGAACCUUGAUACUUGAGGGUUCUGGAGUUCUUCGGUAUUGUGUUACUAGAGAUGCAAUUGGUAAAUUCAUAUCUUUUCAGUGCAUCCCAGUCCGUGAUGAUGGAAUAGCAGGUGAGCCAAGAACUUGCAUGGGGGUGGAACGCAUUCGACCAGGAAGUCCAAGAUUGCUUUCUCUGCAAAUAGUUGGAAAUGCUAUUGAAGGAACUUCACUAAGCGUUGACAAAAAAUACUGGGGAGGUGAAGAGGGGAAUUCAGUUUUCUGCUGGUUUCGGAGUAGUUCAGAUGGUGCUCAAAUUGAAAUUCAAGGAGCCAAUACUUCGUCAUACAUGCUUUCAGUUGAUGACAUUGGCUCCUUUGUCUCGGUUUCAUGUGAGCCUGUGAGAAGUGAUUGGGCUUGUGGUCCUACCAUUUUUUCUGAACAGAUUGGACCUAUUAUACCAGGUCCUCCAACUUGUCAGUCAUUGGAGUUUCUGGGAUCGAUGAUGGAAGGACAACGUUUGAGCUUUGUUGCAUCAUAUAGUGGAGGAGAGAGAGGGAAUUGCUUCCAUGAAUGGUUUAGAGUGAAAAGUGGUGGUAUCAGGUAGAAAUUAAGUGUGGAUGAGCAUCUUGAUUUGACUUUAGAGGAUGCUGGACAAUGCAUCGAACUUGUUUACACUCCAAUUCGCAAAGAUGGUAUGAAAGGAAGCCCACGGACCAUAUUAUCUGAUGUGAUUGUACCUGCUGAUCCAGUGGGAUUGGAACUUGUGAUUCCUAAUUGCUACGAGGACAAGGAGGCCAUCCCACAAAAAACAUACUUCGGUGGACAGGAAGGUGCUGGAGAGUACAUUUGGUUUAGAACAAGGGACAAGCUAAAUAAAUCUGAAUUGUUGGAUAUAUCAAAUGCUGGUGAUGAUGAUCUUAUAUGUGGUAAAACCUUGGCAUAUACUCCAUCAAUUGAAGAUGUUGGAGCUUAUUUGGCUCUGUACUGGCUGCCUACUCGUGCAGAUGGCAAGUGUGGAAAGCCUUUAGUCACAAUUUCCAACUCUCCAGUUAACCCUGCUCUUCCAGUAGUUUCUAAUGUUCAUGUGAAGGAGCUGUCUUUGGGUGUUUAUGCUGGAGAAGGAAAAUAUUUUGGUGGGCAUGAGGGAUUGAGCCUCUUCAGCUGGUAUAGAGAGACAAAUGAGGGAACAAUCAUUCUUAUUAAUGGGGCUAACUCUAGAACGUACGAAGUCACAGAUUUGGAUUACAAUUGCUGCUUAUUGUUUGGGUACACACCUGUUCGUUCAGAUUCAGUAGUAGGUGAGCUUAAGUUGUCCGAGCCAACUAACAUCAUUCUCCCAGAGCUUCCACAAGUGGAAAUGGUUGCUCUCACAGGAAAGGCAAUUGAAGGUGAUGUACUUACUGCUGUUGAAGUGAUCCCGAAGAGUGAAACCCAAAGAAAUGUUUGGAGCAAGUACAAAAAAGAAGUCAAAUACCAAUGGUUCUGUUCAACAGUGACAGGGGAUGGCUCUUUUGAACUCUUGCCUGCGCAGCACUCCUGUUCUUACAAGUUGCAGUUAGAAGAUAUCGGUAGACGCUUCAGAUGUGAAUGUAUUGUGACUGAUGUCUUUGGAAGGUUGAGUGAACUAGCAUAUGCUGAGACUGCUGCUGUGUUGCCAGGGAUUCCUAGAAUAAAUAAGUUGGAGAUUGAGGGUAGGGGUUUUCACACCAACUUAUAUGCUGUUAGAGGCAUUUACAGUGGAGGAAAAGAAGGCAAAAGUAGAAUUCAAUGGCUUAGAUCAAUGAUUGGUAGUCCCGAUCUAAUCUCCAUUCCAGGGGAGGUGGGAAGGAUGUAUGAAGCUAAUGUUGAUGAUGUGGGGUACAGGCUGGUGGCAAUUUAUACUCCUGUGAGAGACGAUGGUGUUGAGGGGCAACCGGUGUCUGCAUCAACAGAGUCAAUUGCAGUUGAGCCUGAUGUUUUUAAAGAAGUUAAGCAGAAGAUUGAACUUGGAUCUGUGAAGUUUGAGGCAUUAUGUGACAAAGACCGUUCUCCAAAAAAGGUUCUUGGAGAGGGUAGUCUUAGUCUUGAGAGAAGAAUACUAGAAGUUAAUAGGAAACGAGUGAAAGUUGUGAAGCCUGGUUCUAAGACUUCUUUUCCAACUACUGAAAUUCGUGGAAGUUAUGCUCCUCCCUUUCAUGUGGAGCUUUUCCGAAAUGACCAGCAUCGGCUUAGGAUUGUUGUGGAUAGUGAGAAUGAAGUAGACCUGAUGGUCCACUCGAGACAUUUGCGGGAUGUCAUCGCUCUUGUGAUUCGAGGCUUUGCUCAGCGAUUCAAUAGCACAUCCCUCAAUUCUUUGCUCAAAAUAGACAAUAACUAUGGUGUAAAAUGACUUUGCAUUUAUGCAUAGGUUUUUAGUUAUGUGGGCGUCCACUCAUCUGUCACGCCCAUUUCACUUUCGUUUUUUCCUCUUAUUAGCUGUGGUGCCUGCAUGUAUUUCAGAAGUAUUUUGUAGAAAAUAUAAGGGUGAGGUGUUAAGAGAUUUGUUGACGAUGAAAUCAAGUUGUUUACCUUACAUUUUGAUGUAUGGUUUCGGACUAGGCGUUCAGAAUAAAAUAGUAGUUCACAAAA